GCUUCAGCAGGGCGCGGCCCGCACCUUCACGGCCGGAAGUGGCGGUCGGGGCGGUUGUGCGCGAGCUUCGCUGCCGCCGGUGCCGGGCUGUGCGCGGCCCUUUCCCGCCCUCCCCGCCCGCCUCCCGCCAUGCACCCGCGGCGCCCCGAGGGCUUCGACGGCCUGGGCUACCGCGGGGGCGGCCGGGAGGAGCCGGGCCCCGGCGCCAGGCCCUUCGGCAGCGCCUCAGAGCUGGGCCACUGGGUAACCAGCCCGCCCGACAUUCCCGGCAGCCGCAACCUGCACUGGGGGGAGAAGACACCGCCGUAUGGGGCGGGGACCCCCCUGGGGGGCGCCAGCCUCAACGAGGAGCCCAACCUUGGGGCGGGCGGCCCCGGCGCCGAGCAGUUGAACAGAUUUGCAGGCUUUGGUAUUGGCCUUGCAAGCCUAUUUACAGAAAAUGUGUUGGCACAUCCUUGCAUUGUUCUACGUCGUCAGUGUCAGGUUAAUUACCAUGCUCGGAAUUAUCAUCUCACUCCAUUUACUAUUGUCAAUAUUAUGUACAGCAUCAAUAAGACACAGGGUCCAAGAGCUCUCUGGAAAGGAAUGGGCAGCACUUUCAUCGUUCAGGGCAUCACCCUGGGAACAGAAGGCAUCAUGAGUGAAUUUACACCUUUGCCAAGGGAGCUAUCACAUAAAUGGAACCUCAGGCAGAUAGGCGGACACCUUCUACUCAAAGGUUUAACACAUGUGAUAGCAAUGCCUUUUUAUUCUGCAAGCCUGAUUGAAACUGUACAGAGCGAAAUCAUUCGAGAUAAUCCUGGCAUCUUGGACUGUGUGAAAGAAGGAAUCGGCAGAGUUGUAGGCAUGGGAGUACCCCAUAGCAAGCGUCUCCUUCCUCUGAUGGUCUUGACUUUACCAACUGCUGUUCAUGGAGUUCUUCACUAUGUCAUCAGUUCCAUCGUGCAGAAGAUUGUUUUGUUUGUUCUGAAAAAGGAUAAUUCCCACAACCUUCCAACUGAGAGCUCCACCUCUGUGCAGAGUAUGCUGGAUGCAUAUUUUCCAGAACUUAUUGCUAGCUUUGCUGCUAGCCUUUGUGCUGAUGUCAUGCUUUACCCACUGGAGACAGUUUUACACCGCCUUCAUAUUCAAGGGACACGCACAAUAAUUGACAACACAGACCUUGGCUAUGAAGUGCUUCCGAUCAAUACUCAGUAUGAGGGAAUGAGAGACUGCAUAAAUACUAUAAAACGAGAAGAGGGAAUGCUAGGCUUUUAUAAAGGAUUUGGAGCUGUUAUUGUACAGUAUACCUUGCAUGUGGCAGUUUUACAGCUUACCAAAGUUAUUUAUGCAACGCUGCUUCAAAAUGUCUCUUAAUCUGUUCAGGUGUGGGUUUAGCACAGUGGACGUGAUUGACUUACUAACCUAAUUAUUGUUUAAAAUAGCUUAGAAAAUUAAGUUUGAAGAAGCCACUCUGUGGAUUCUCCUUACACUGUAAAAGAACUUGUUUUAAAAAAUGGGGAUAUAGAUUCCUAAGUGUAAUUAAAAAUGUACUGUUUAAAUAUAGAAUUGUACACAUGAAUUGAAUAUAUAAUGUGUAGUUAUAAACAAGGGGAUCAAAUGUCAGAUGUGGUUGGAGUGAGGAUUUACCUUUCCUCUUACCAGUUAUCUGACUUAAGGAAUGGAUAUGAAUUUGUAUCUCUGCUUUAUAAACAUCAGAUCUGAUAUUUCAUUUGGACUGCUAGCUAGUUCAAAGGAAUCUUUUUUCAUAAGUUGUAAGAACUUGUAAGUGGGAGACUGAUGCAUUUACUGAUCUUUUAAAAAUGUUUUAAACUUCACUGCUAAUGGAGCUGCAAGCAAAAUAAAAACUGUAAAAGGAAGGAACUUAAGUAGACAUAAAUGUCAUAAUUUACAGGUACGCAGAAGACUUCUUACUUUGCUGCAGUGUGGCAGAAGACGAUGAAGAGGAAUCUUGCUUUGUAUAAAAAAAAAAAAAAAAAACAA